CACGCCCGCUCCCAGCCCGCGCCUCCCGCUGCCUCCGCCCCUCACUCUCGGGGCCCCCGCGUCGUCGUCCCACACCGACUUCGCUCCCGCCGCCCCGCCGGCCGCACUUCCCGCCCUCGCCGCGGCGCUGCGCCCGCACUCGGCCCGCACUCCGCUGCCUCCGGCGCGCGUUCCUCGCGCGGCCCCGUCGCCCUCGCCUCCCUCGCCGCCGCCGCGCCCCGGACUCGGUAGGCUCCGCGCCCCGCCGUCGUCUGCGCCUCUUGGCUCCUGAGAGCCCGCGCUCCCGCCUGACGCGGAGGCGCCGCCGUCCCCGCCGCCACGGCCAACACGGGUGCCACGCGCCGCCGCCGCCGCCGCCGCCGCGCCGCCACUCGCCCGCCGCCCGCCAUGGCCCCGCAGCAAACAGGUAGCAGGAAGCGGAAAGCGCCAGCGGCCGAGGCGGGCGCCGCGAGCUCGUCGUCGCAGGGCUCGGCGGCGGCGGACGGAGAGGGACCGCUGCUGCUCAAGAGGCAGAAGCGGCCGGCGGCGCGGCGCUCGCUGGUGCGCUACCUGAAGGGCCGCGAGGUGGGCGCGCGGGGCCGCGCCGGGCUCCCGGGCUUCGAGGGCGAGCUGCGCGGCUACGCGGUGCGGAAGCUGCCCGAGCUGCUGCGGGAGCGCGAGCUGGCCCUGGGCACCCUCAACAAGGUGUUCGCGUCGCAGUGGCUGAACGCCAGGCAGGUGGUGUGCGGCACCAAGUGCAACACGCUCUUCGUGGUGGACGUGCAGUCGGGCCAGAUCACGCGCAUCCCCCUGAUGCGCGACCGGGGGCCCGGGCUGGCCCGGGCCCAGCCGAGCUGCGGCAUCCACGCCAUCGAGCUGAAUCCCUCCAAGACGCUUCUGGCCACCGGGGGCGAGAACCCCAACAGCCUGGCUGUCUACCAGCUGCCCACCCUGGACCCCGUGUGCCUGGGCGACCGCCAUGGCCACAAGGACUGGAUCUUCGCCAUCGCCUGGAUAAGCGAUACCGUGGUCGUGAGCGGCUCCCGCGACGGCACCGUGGCGCUGUGGCGGAUGGACCCGGACGUGUUCAACGGCAGCAUCGCCUGGCACAACGACGCAGGGCUCCCCCUGUAUGCCCACAUCCGUCCGAGGGACUUGGAGACCAUCCCCAGGGCCAGCACCAACCCCAGUAACCGCAAGGUACGGGCUCUGGCCUUCAGCGGCAAGAACCAGGAGCUGGGAGCGGUGUCCCUGGACGGCUACUUCCACCUGUGGAAAGCCCGGAGCACCCUGUCCAGGCUGCUGUCCAUCAGGCUGCCCUACUGCCGAGAGAACGUGUGCCUAACCUACUGUGACGAGUUGUCCCUGUACGCGGUGGGCUCCCAGUCCCACGUCUCCUUCCUGGAUCCGCGCCAGCGCCAGCAGAACAUCCGGCCCCUGUGCUCCCGAGAGGGCGGCACGGGCGUGCGCUCGCUGAGCUUCUACCAGCACAUCGUCACCGUGGGCACGGGCCACGGCUCCCUGCUCUUCUAUGACGUCCGCGCUCAGAAGUUCCUGGAAGAGAAGGCCUCGGCCAGCCCGGACUCCUCUCCUGGGCCCGCAGCGAGGAAGCUCAAGCUCACCUGUGGCAGAGGCUGGCUCAACCACGACGACCUGUGGGUGAACUACUUUGGCGGCAUGGGCGAGUUCCCCAACGCGCUCUACACUCACUGCUACAACUGGCCUGAGAUGAAGCUCUUCGUGGCUGGGGGGCCUCUCCCUUCAGGCCUGCACGGGAACUACGCAGGCCUGUGGAGCUAAGGAUGGCCGCCCUGUUCUCCAAGUGCCCAGAUUUACCUUCCAGUGCCCUCCCACUUUCCUUCUUUACGCUUGUGUUUGUGCUUUUAACUCAGUGUGGCUUUUGUCUUCCAAGUGGAAAGUGCACAGCUUACCUGUGCUUAGUUUUGGGCAGACAGAGAAAGAGAAAGAGAGAAAAAGUGGUCUUUUGGGCAAUCAAAACAUGGCUUUAAUAUUUAUCUGCACCUCCCCCAACACCACCAUCUUUUCUGCCUUCUUUUACAAAGAAUUUUGGCUGAUCCUUAAUUGUGUUCUCUCUUGAGUGAUUCACACAUGCUCUUUCUCUGGGUUGAUGUAGUCAUGGUUCCCACUACAAUUCAGUACUUUAGUUUUACCGGUAUUUCAACAGUAUGUUCAGGUCUUUUACACAUUUCUGAUGUAUGAUAUUUCGGGAAAACAUGUGCUAUAAAGUGUCUUUUGGCCUGGACUGAGGAACUACCUAUCAUAUAACAGGGCAGGUUUAUAGCCCUGCUCCAAUUAGAAAAUGCAUUUCAAGUUCUAGAUUGCCACCAUUUGGGGCGUGUUUCAUUUGGAUGUUGGAACUUAGUGUUGUUUGUAUAUUGUUGGUGCAUAAAAUACUUUAAAAAUAUGUUCUCUUAGUUAAGAAAUCUUACAAUGGUGUUCAUCCUAUUAAUCACAGUUUUGAUUAAUCAGUAAAAAUUUAGCAUCAAUACCCCAAGGCCCUCAGCCUUGUUGUUUAAAGCUGCUAUAUUAUGGCCUGCUUUCUUGGGUAGCAUUUAUGCUACAGAUUUUCGGAGCUAAUCAAAAGUGGCCUAUAUGUGGCAGGACAAUCAGGGAGGUACUUUUUGGGGUAAACAUUCCUUUAAAGUUCAGGUAACACUAUCCAGGCAGCCAUUUACAGAGAAAGACUGGCUGUUGUGCUCAAUGUAGAUGGUGUUGACAAUUUUUUAUUGUAUACAUGGAUAAUUCUUUGAUCUGGAUUAUGUGAUCUAUUGCAGAAAAAAAUAAAUAAAACAUGUUCAGCAUUUUAGCAAUUAAGUGCUAAGCUAAAGUUUUUGAAUGCUUAAAUAUACACUUUAUCUUUUCUUAAUUGUCCUUCUAGGAAUAUAUGAAUCAAAGUCAAAAUCUUCCAAGAGAGAAACUGAAUUGAAGCUGAAACAUCAGCUAUGCACACAUUACUUUGUACGUUUGUUUUUGAGAAGCAAACUUAUGCUCCUAUCAUGGGUUAGAACAUUAAAUAACAUUUUGAACACCUUAUCUAAAUAUACUUGCUAUAGGUUAGGACAAGUUAGGUGUCUUGUUGUGUUUUUAAGAUGAUUUAUCAAACUGUUUUUCAUUUACACCAACAUACAUAUUGUGCCUAUAACUACCUACUCAAAUAUACUGUAUAUUUGUGUAUGUGUAUAUAUUACUUCUCAUGUGAGGAAAAGACAUAGAUGUAUACCAUUUUACAUACGCAGGUAUUUCUAAUAUUUUAAACUACAUCUCU